GAAUGAUGGAUGUACGCAAGGUUCUAGCUCCAAAGCAUUGUAUUUAGUAUUAUCUUGUAUAUAAAUAUGGAAUAUAAGACCAUAUCCGCCCCAUACAUACAUCACACUCUCAUAAGAACAUACUGAAUUGAAUACCCUGACAGCCUCGCGUAAGGGAGAUCGCCUCCUUUACACUGCCAUCAUUGGUAUUGUAGCUGGAAAACCUAGAUACCACCCUCUAUUUAACACUUUGAACUUGAUGUAUUCUGUAUCUGUUGCCGGCGCUGCAGGGGUCACGGUAGACAACAUGCCGUACUCAAUCAGGUCGAAGGUCAGCGCCAACAGAAACCAUCCCUUCCGGUCCAAAGGCAUCACCUCCGAAGCUCAGGCACACGCGUAUGGGGACCUUGUGAUGCAUGCAGGACAUGUGAGUUUAAACGACGAGAUAGGUGAAUUACGCAUGCAUAAGAACGCUCUAGUAUGGAACUUGAACGCUGACACGAGCGAACUGAAGAAACAAGAAGGUGCAGGUAGUGAAGAAGCCCUCGAUGCACAGGGCGACCCACGAUUUCUGAGUGGAGCAAUUGACUUUAGUUUAGCACGCAUGGGGUUUCUAAAACGGUGUUUUAAGGAUAAAAGAAUAUCUUCGGGCGAUACGUUGGAGUGUCAAUCAGCUGAUCCUGCGCUGUUGUCACACGCCUUUGAACUGCAUAGCAUUCUGAAGCCACGCAACAAGCCCGAAUGGACGCUCAAGACAGACACCCUCAGCUUCAGUAGUGUCGAGGAGUGCACGUUCUGGUACGAUCUUAUCAGUGAGAUGAUCAGGAGCCAAUCAGAACGCCCGAAGAAGCUGUUGGUGUUUGUCAACCCGUAUGGCGGACGGCGGAAGGCUGAGUACAUCUACGACCACUACGCGCGCGAGUUGUUUGCGAACGCACGCAUUGACACGAAGGUGAUCGUGACCACCUAUGCGGAGGAGGCCAAGGACAUCAUGACCACAACAAACCUCAGUCUGUACGACGGUGUGGUUAUCUGCGGCGGUGACGGGUUUCUCAAUCAAUGCAUCAACGCUCUGUUGUCUCGCCCAGACCGUGAUCUUUUCAAUACACUGCGCUUUGGGAUGAUCCCCGGGGGCAGUACUAACACUGUUGCGCUGAGUGUGCACGGAACAGAUGAUAUAGUGACGAGUAUCUUGAAGAUCAUCGCUGGCAAUAGGCAACCGCUGGACUUGUGCAAGACUACCACACUGCACGGAGACCACCUGACAUACUCAGCGUCCAUGGUAGCGUAUGGAUUCUAUGCCGAGGGGGUCAAUAAGGCUGAGGGAUUCCGAUUUAUGGGCCCCAUGCGAUACGACGUCACAGGCUUUGAACAGUUCAUGCGACUUAAUGCACACGAGUGUAUCAUUCGCUUCAAACGAGCCGCACCCAGAACCAAAGCCACAGCCAUAGGCACAGCCACAGCCACUGCCACAGCCCCCGCAGCAAACAACAGGCCUGGGCACAAACAGUCCGAACGAGCCCACACACGCUCAGCAUCACACCUGCCAUCCUCAUCACCCACACCCACCCGCACACACACAUCCGACAAAUUUUCCCAUCUCAUGGCCCGAAGUGCAGAGACGAUUCUCCCAGCCUCAGAGACCACACCCUCGGAACAGCCCUCGCAUAUGAAUAGCCCGGACCUGUCCCAGUGGAUGGGGGGCGGGGCCAAUCCGCACCUGUGCUUGCGGGGGUGCAAGUCUUGCCUGCCAGACCCACCCCAUGCUGUGCCUAUCUCAUCCGUCCGGCGGAGUGAGUCGUCGAACUCACUGCGAUCGCUUAAUCUGGGCACAGGCGAUUGCUCACACAAAGAGAAUGGCAGUGCCACCCGAAAGCCAAAAACAUCUAUCCUCAAGAAAGUCAUGUCCAAGCGCUUGACGAGUACUAAAAGUAAAUCUCUGGGCAAACAGGGGAGCCAUGGGCAUAGUAGAACGCAGGCGAAUGCCGAUACAGACACAGCAAUCUUUGUUGCGAGAGAUAUAGCGGACGAUUGCGCAGAAACUGCUGAUCAACAGAACGCCACAGAUGAUGAUGUACAACUCAAGGCGCACAGUGACCACACCACACCGGACGGUAUAGCUACACUAACUCAGAGCGACCACAUGGACCAUACAGCUAUCACCGCUACCAACACAGACGGAUCUGCCCCAGGUGACGCCUCGAGAGAGGCGAGUGGGUUAGCACUUGAUCACACAACUGUUUCGUCUGUAGACAGCAGCCGUACUGUGCCUGCGGUAGGGGCCACCGCAGAGCCGUUGGAGGAGAGUGAGGGUUUAACUUUUAGUGACAUAGAGGAGGGCACCGAUGCGGACGGGUGGGAAGUGCGGAAGGGCAAUUUCAUUGCCAUCAAUGCGCUGUCUAUGUCUUGCAAACAUCCCAAGUCCGUUAACGGAAUGGCGCCCUUUGCCCACUUGUCUGACGGUACGAUGCUGCUGGUGAUGGUGAGGCAGUGCAGUCGCCCGAAGUAUCUCAAACAUCUGCUGACCGUGCAGAACCCCAAGGCAAACCACUUUGACGACGAUGUCCUCGAGGGAGCUAACGUCUCCGAAUUCGAAGUCAAGGCGAUAUCGAAGCCAUCUGUGUGGAUGGCUGACGGAGAAGUGAUUGAGGGCAUCACCGAUGUACACUGCUCGGCGCAUUACAACCUCAUACAUUACUUUGGGUCAAGACCAGCAGUACCCCCACCUACGAUACCCAGCUCAGUUUUUAGAGAUAAAUCGAGAGAGUAUCCAUAGCUGUAAGCCAAAUAAAUGAAUAAGCGUG